AGAACGAAAUGUCCUCGGUAGAAUCCCAGCAGGAGCCGCCCUCUCAGUCGGACCCGUCCCCAUCACCAAACUCUAGCAGUUCCUUCGAGCUUCUAGACAUGGAUGCUAGCAGUUUAUACGAGCCGGUCUCGCCACACUGGUUUUACUGUAAGAUAAUCGACUCCAGGGAGACGUGGAUCCCUUUCAACGCCCAGGAUUCACGGCUGCUGGAAGAGGCAUAUGGCUCUGGAGAAGACUGUAACGGGAGAGUGGUCCCCACCGAUGGGGGCCGGUACGACGUCCACCUGGGGGAGCGGAUGCGCUACGCCGUGUACUGGGACGAGCUGGUGUCCGAAGUGCGGCGAUGCACUUGGUUUUACAAGGGGGACAAGGACAAUAAGUACAUCCCCUACUCGGAGAGCUUCAGCCAGGUUUUAGAGGAAGCUUACAUGCUUGCUGUCACUCUGGAUGAAUGGAAGAAGAAACUGGAGUCUCCCAACAGAGAAAUUAUUGUAUUGCACAACCCAAAGCUCAUGGUGCAUUACCAGCCAGUCCCAGGGUCUGAUGAAUGGGGCGCCACAGCCACGGAGCAGGGUCGGCCACGGACAGUGAAGAGAGGGGUUGAAAACAUCUCUGUCGACAUUCAGUGUGGGGAACCUCUACAAAUAGAUCAUUUGGUGUUUGUGGUCCAUGGGAUCGGGCCAGCAUGUGACCUCCGCUUUCGAAGCAUCGUACAGUGUGUGAAUGAUUUCCGCAGUGUUUCCUUAAACUUACUACAGACGCAUUUUAAGAAAGCCCAGGAGCAUCAGCAGAUUGGGAGAGUGGAAUUCCUUCCAGUCAACUGGCACAGCCCUCUGCAUUCCAGCGGCGUGGAUGUCGACCUGCAGCGCAUCACCCUGCCCAGCAUUAACCGCCUCAGGCACUUCACCAAUGACACGAUCCUGGACGUCUUCUUCUACAACAGCCCCACCUACUGCCAGACCAUCGUGGACACAGUGGCCUCCGAAAUGAACCGGAUUUACACACUUUUUCUGCAGAGGAACCCUGAUUUUAAAGGGGGUGUAUCCAUUGCUGGUCAUAGUUUAGGUUCGCUUAUACUGUUUGACAUCCUAACAAAUCAGAAGGACCCUCUGGGGAAUAUCGACAGUGAACAGGGCUCGCUAACUACUGUUAUGGGUCAAGGAGAUACACCGACACUGGAGGAGGAUCUGAAGAAACUCCAACUCUCUGAGUACCUUCCGAUCUUCGAGAAGGAGAGGGUAGAUAAGGAAGCUCUGGCCUUAUGUACAGACAGUGAUCUUCAGGCAAUGGGGAUUCCCUUAGGACCAAGGAAGAAGAUACUGGAUUCUUUUAGGACCAGAGAAGAGCCCCUGGGUGUCAGCAGACCAAGCCCACGGCCGGCUUCAGGGCCCAGCAUCCCCCGGGGGCCCGAGCUCUGCAGCGGUACCGACGGUUCUGGGUGUGACGAGUACCCCGAUGUGGGCAUCGGGCAGGUGUCUGUAAGGUACCCCCGGCUCAUGUACAAGCCAGAGAUAUUCUUCGCCUUUGGGUCUCCUAUCGGAAUGUUCCUUACUGUCCGAGGACUAAAAAGGAUCGAUCCCAACUACAAAUUUCCAACAUGCAAAGGUUUCUUCAAUAUUUACCAUCCCUUUGACCCUGUGGCCUACAGGAUUGAACCUAUGGUGGUACCAGGAAUGGAAUUCGAACCAAUGCUGAUCCCACAUCAUAAAGGCAGGAAGCGGAUGCACUUAGAACUGAGAGAGGGGUUGACCAGGAUGAGUAUGGACCUUAAGAACAACUUGCUAGGCUCGCUGCGGAUGGCUUGGAAGUCUUUCACCAGGUCUCCAUACCCUGCCUUACAAGCGUCAGAAGCUGCAGAAGCAGAAGCAGAACCUGAGCCGAGUCCAGAGAAGCCCAGUGAGGUUAGCACAGAAGAGACCUCCGUGGCCGAUAAGGAGGAAGUGGCACCCAUCCACGUGGGGAUGCUUAACGGGGGCCGGCGCAUUGACCACGUGCUGCAGGAGAAGCCCAUCGAGAGCUUCAACGAGUAUCUAUUUGCUUUACAAAGCCACCUGUGCUACUGGGAAUCUGAAGAUACAGUAUUGCUGGUCCUCAAAGAGAUCUACCAGACCCAGGGCGUCUUCCUGGACCAGCCUUUACCCUUUACAGUGACGGCCUACCUGUGGCUGCUGCCUACAGACACAGAGGGGCCCUCCCGGAACACCCACCUGUUCGCGGCCACAGUCCCCUCUCCGCGGCCACCUCAUUUCCUGCAUGCUGCCUGCCACUUCCUCUCACCGGGGUCUUUGGACGUGAGUGGAAAAGCCGAGGGCAGACCCUCCUCCUCUCACCGCUGCUCCAUGUGACACUCCGUGCUUCUCCACCGUGGGGCGGUCUGCGUCCCCACUCUGGUCAUAGCGCUGGUGCUGCUCGGGGCUGCUCGGGACCCGAGAAGGUAUAAAACUGAUUGGGGGUUUGAUCUGUUUCGGGUUGGGUGGAAGUUUUUCUAGGAAAUGUCUUCUCUUUAGAGAAGGUUCCAGUUUGGAAGCAGGUCUGGAUUAUUUAGAAGAGACGCUGGGUUGCCCCUCCCGGGGCACUGAGCCUCUGUGGGUGCUGGGGAGGCUGCGAGGGUUUCUGAGCCAGCGCCGCUUUCCCGCGGUUCCUCCCCAAGGAGAAGAGCGCGCAUCGCCACAGACGAGGGCUGUCCACCCACGGCCGACAGACUUGACGCCGGGCGCCGG